GUCUCAUGAUAGCAGUGAAGCAGGACCAGUGGCACGUAGUGGACUACCAGCAGCUGCUCUUCCAUGACUGUCUCAUGAUAGUGGUAAAGAGCGAUCAGUGGCACGUGGCGGACUAUCAGCAGCUGCUUGACUCACGCACGUUGACUCACGUUGACUCCCCCAUCCCUGCAGGUCUCAUGAUAGCAGUGAAGCAGGACCAGUGGCACGUAGUGGACUACCAGCAGCUGCUCUUCCACGACUGUGGGGCCGGUUCUGUCCUUUCUCUAGCCUUUCCCUCAGCCGGACCUGCUCCAUUUUCCCCUUCUCCAGGCUUAAUGAUCGCUGUCAAGAGCGACCAGUGGCACGUGGUGGACUACCAGCAGCUGCUCUUCCACGACUGUGGGGACCGCGUUGCUCAGAUCGUACGGCUGAGAUCCAAGGGACGCCUGGGGGGGAGGGCGGGGCGGGAAGGGAGUGACGGAGCGGAGGGAGAGGAGGAGGAUGUGUUGAUGGUGAAUACGCAUCUGCUGUUCCCGCAUGACGCCAACUCCAACAUCAUCCGCCUCUGCCAGGUGGGUGUGUGCCACGUCUGCCAGGUGGGCUUUGAUCAGGUGUACAAGCUGCUGGAGCGAGUGGAGCAGUGUCGGAUAGAGCAGGCUGGCAGACCCGCUCCUGUCAUUCUGUGCGGUGAUCUGAAUGGCACCAAGGAGGGCAACGUGUACAAGCUGCUGCGCUCGCAGGGCUUCCUCUCCUCCUAUGACACGGCGCACCACCUCAAUGACGUGGAUGAGACGUGGGUGAGCCACCGCAGUCACAGGGGCGACGUGUGCGGGGUGGACUAUGUGUGGAUGCUCAACGCCCGCACGCCCAUGAGCCAUCCCAUCUUGAAUUGGCGCAAGGCCGUGUUUGGGCUGAUCAAGUCCAAGCUGCUAGCAGCAGGCAUUACAGACGCACGUCACGCGUUUCAGUUCUUUGCGACAGCAGGCGACACAUCUCCUUUUGAGCACACUGUCUGUUUCACCUCGGACCCAAACGCCACCGACGCUGCUGACGUCAGCAUGGACUUCGGGCAACAGCAGAAUGAUGACCCAGCGGCCGAGGAGCAGGAGCAGGGGGUGGAGGAGGAGGAGGAGGAUGAGGAGGCGUGGAGGUAUUACGACAGUGAUGAGGAGGGUAUGGAGAGGCAGGAGUGUUGCAUCACUGCCUUUACCAUUGAAGACUUCCAGCUGGCAGUGGCUCAGCUCGGCCUCACGGGGGACAACUCCAUUGGAUUAACAGAGGUUGAAGUGGCAGAGCUGAUGCAAGGGGCGGACACGGAUGGGGAUGGAUGGGUGGAUUUUAACGAGUUUCAGGACAUGUUCCAGCAGCCCACAUGGGACUCGCGGGUCGAUACCCUCAAGCAGUCCAUGGCUGCUUCACUUGCUGCCUCCCUCGCCGCCGCCUCUGCUGCUGCUGCUGCCCCUGGUUCUGCCGCCUCUGCUUGUGCCCCUGCUGCUGCUGCCGGCGCGGCUGCUGUCUCUGCCGGUGCUGCACCUUCGGCUGCUAGCCCGUCUGCUGCAUCCUCACAAGAGCAGCAGAAGCAGCGGCGGUGGGAGGAGAAGGAGCAGGCGGUGUUGCAGGGGGGGCAGCCGUACUGGGAGAGCCGCAGAGGGCUCAAUGUGGAGGGCGAGGCGGGGCAGGGGAACAAUCGCUAUGGAGGAGGGGAGGUGGCCUGA